AUGACUUCAGCACUUCUCUACCUGUCUGUUGCUCGUCAGAUCAAGUUGAGUUGUCCAUCUUGCUUUGCCAAUUUCCGUCGUCUGUUUUGUGAGAUGACAUGCAGUCCAACUCAAAGCGAUUUCAUUUAUCCGGUUGAAGUUCGUUACGAUAAGGCAAUUGAAAGGGUGAACUAUAAUCUAACUUACCAAUUUGGCAAUGGGUUUUUCGAUAGUUGCAAAGACUUCACCCAUUAG